UUUUUUUUUAGCGCAGCGCUUCAGACAGACGACAACACAGCUGAUCGGGCGGACGGCAGGAGGGAGACGGCCAUUAUUCCUUUAUUUAGAGCCCGCGGACCCCCAGCGAAUAAAUAACUUCGAGCACCAUAGGACGAACAAGUAAAUAGCAAGAGCUGAGUGUAGCCUCCACGGACAAAGAACUCCCUUACUUAAUUACAUAAUCACCUUGAUGGACCACACCCACCCAGCGAUGUCAGACACACAAUAGAGCCAACAGCGUGUGACGGAGGCAGGGCGGCUGCGACACCAGCUCGGCUCUGCGACAUGUGUUAAUAAGGAGUUAUGUGGUGCUGCAGGCCCUCCUUUCAGCUGCAUCGAGGCGUGGGUCGCGAAGAAGUAAUGUCGUCUACGUUGGUGGAGACUGUCUCCAUCAACUACGAGGACUUCAAUGAGUCUUUCCUCACCUGUGGCACCUGUCUGUGCUCCUUCGAUGGGGGGGAGCACACCCCAAAGCUGCUACACUGCUCCCACACCGUCUGCCUGCACUGCCUGACGCGCAUCGUGGCCUCCCAUGCGCGCGAGGAUGGAACCUUCCGCUGCCCCAUCUGCCGUGAGUCCAUCAGGAUUCCGUCGGGGGGGGUGGCCGCCCUUCCCCCGUCGUUCCUGGUCAAUCAGCUCCUCGACCUCAUGUCCCGCCAGCGACGAGAGGUCAUCCCCAAAUGCUCCACACAUGCGAACCAGGUGACCUCACGCCUGAACGAGGCGAGCGACGCGGUCCGCACGGAAAUGCACCAGCUGGACCACGCCGCCGACGCCACCUUCGAGGAGGUCAACCGCGCCUUCCAAGCCAUCGUGGACGUAAUAGAGCAGCGUCGCGAGGCUGUGGUGGCCAACGUGAAGAAGAUGCGGGACGAGAAGAAGAAGGUGCUGCAGGACCAGCUGGACAUCAUUGAGGCGGAGAGGCGCAAGGUGCAGCAGGAGUGUGAGGGGCUGCAGUACCAGGUGGAGGUGCGAAACAUCACCAAGAAGAUCGCCCACCUCAACACCAAGAUCGACUCCCUGGCCACGCUGGUGGAGCCCAGGGAGAACGCCUUCCUCAAGUUUGAGAACGGGCGCGGCGAGGCCUUCGACCAGGUGCGUGCCACGGUGGAGGACUACGGGCGCGUGGCCACCAGCCGCACCUUCCCCAGCCUGUGCUUCAUGAAGGCCAAGAAGGCCAUGACACACCUGCGCAGUGAGGUGGUGGUGACGGCUGUGGACUACGAGGGCCAGACCCAGCAGGCCGGCGGGGACCCCAUGGAGGCCACGGUUACCACGGAGGGCGGGGACACGGUGGAGAGCCAGGUGGAGGACAACCAGGACGGCACGUACUCAGUGUUCUUCACGCCGGAGCAGGGCGGCCUCCACAAUGUGGCGGUGAAGGUGUUUGGGCGGCCGGUGAAAGAGUCGCCGCUCAGCGUGGAGGUGCUGGACGAACACAACCCAGAGACAGUGUACGGCUCACGGGGCUCCGGCCGCGACCAGUUCCUGCAGCCCGUGGGCAUCUGCCUGGACGAGGAUGGCUACCUGUACGUGGCCGACACCGGCAACUCCCGCAUCAAAGUGCUCAGCCCCCAGCUGCGGGAGGUGCAGCAUAUUGUUGGCGACGCCCUCGAGGGCCGCAGCGUCACUGGCAUCACCCGCACGCCCGCUGGCUCCCUCGUCUUCGUCAACUGGCGGAAGCGCACGGUGACGGAGGUGACGUCGUCGGGGCAGCUCCUCUCACAGUUCACCCACGACCGCCUGCAGGAGCCCACCGCCCUGGCCGUCAACGCCCUCGGGGAGAUACUCGUGGCGGACAACGCAGCCAACUCCAUCUUCGUCUUCCUGGCCGGGGGUAAGCUGGUGCGGCACUGGGGCGCGCGGGGCAGCAAGCCGGGCCAGCUGGGCUCCGUGGCGGCCCUCUGCACCGGCCCGGAGAACGAGGUGGUGGUGGCGGACUCCAGGAUACAAGUGUUCUCACCGGAGGGACAGUUCCUGCGCACCAUAUUUGAGACCAAAGGCAAAGGACCAAAGGGGACUUAUGGCGGCCUGUUCCUGGACCCCCGAGGCUUGCUGCUGGCCACCCGACAGGAACGCAACCACUCGUGCAUUCAGGUGUUCGACUAUACGCUCGGCACGCUCAUCUUCACCAUCGACUCCCGCGAGGCUAAGCUCAAGCGUCCGUCUGGCUUGGCCGCGACGCCGGACGGGUAUGUUAUCAUCGUCGACCUCGGCAACGACUGCGUCAAAAAGUUCAGGUACAUGUAGAUCUCUGGGCGACGUGUGUGCGUACGUGUGUGUGUGUGUGUGUGUUCGCCACCACCACCACAGCCGCCACCAUCGCUUCUGCUGCUGCCGCCACCUCCAUGCCUCUCACUGUGUUCCCUUCUCUCACUACCGGGUCGUCUUGGGUCACUGAAGGCUCGGUAUUCUGUUGUCUUCGUUGCUUGGCCUUGUUGCCACAUUACUGGAUUGUACGAGGUCAUUCAUGCUGUACUGACUCAUCGCCUGACCAUCUUGAUUCAUAGGUGGGUCAUCUGAGGUCGCUGAAGGGCUGACCUAACUCAUCAUUCUGUUUUCUUUGUUGCUUGGCUGUGUUGACUUGUAACUGGAUCUUCUGAGGUCAUUUAACCCCCUGACUACGGAUUUCCUGUAAGAAAACAUCACCAAGCUACAGGAAUGGAACAAAAAGUGGCUGCUACAAUUCAGUGAGGAAAAAUGUAAAGUCAUGCACCUUGGGAGGGGAUAUCCAGCACACCAAUACCACAUGGGAAACACUCCACUAUCCACCACAGAGGCAGAGAAAGACCUGGGAGUGUAUGUUACCAGGCUACCAGUGAAGGGAUAUCCAGCAUACCAAUACCACAUGGGAAACACUCCACUAUCCACCACAGAGGCAGAGAAAGACCUGGGAGUGUAUGUUACCAGGCUACCAGUGAAGGGAUAUCCAGCAUACCAAUACCACAUGGGAAACACUCCACUAUCCACCACAGAGGCAGAGAAAGACCUGGGAGUGUAUGUUACCAGGCUACCAGUGAAGGGAUAUCCAGCACACCAAUACCACAUGGGAAACACUCCACUAUCCACCACAGAGGCAGAGAAAGACCUGGGAGUGUAUGUUACCAGGCUACCAGUGAAGGGAUAUCCAGCAUACCAAUACCACAUGGGAAAACACUCCACUAUCCACCACAAAGGCAGAG